UGACUAUAGAUCAGCACUUCAUCCCCUCAAAACCAAUCAACAAGCUUCAAGACUUUGGCCUCAAUGCCCUCUUGUGAAAAUUGAUCUGUGCUUUCCUCACUUGCAGACCCCAGUCAGUUCAGAUUGACAGCCUCCGUGAUCUCCAUCAGCACAGUUGCCCCACGAGGCUGUGAGCUUAGCUCCCUGCUCGACUCGCUUUACUGCAGUCACAGUGACCAGGUGACAGAGUCAGAGGCUAACGAAUGAGUGGCGGGAUACUGGUCAGACAAAGCGCUUUGUCGAAUGGUGAUGAGCUUCGCAAAUGUCAUUGUAUACAUCUAUGAACUUAGCGAAUAUUUGCUUCACUUAGGACUUCUGAGUGGGUUCAAGAAAUCACAAGAUAAGUGACUCACCUCAGAACUACUUGGUUCUGCUUUGCUCUUCACAUAAUUGUGUUUGUGCUUUCAAUUUCCAAAUUACAGGUUUCAAAUCUGUCAAAUCCCUAGGAAGGCUGAGGCACUCAGUUAAAGAGGUUUAUUUAAAGGUCGGAGUUUGACCCUGCAGAAACUUUAUUGGCUGAUCAUUUAAUAGUCCGUAACGACUAUGCUGUCUCCUUAAAACCAUUGCUCAAUUAGUCUUAUUCCUCUUUUCUUCCCUUUUCCUGUAAAGAGAGGCAUAUAAAUUCAUGAGGGACAUAAACAGUGUUUGUUGACAUGAAGUGUGGGCCAAUAAAAGGAAUCAGUUGCCAGCAGAAAGAUUGAGAAAGUUAGAUAGCUAGAUAGAUACAUUAUUAAUCCCAAAGGAAAUUACAGAGUCACAGUAGUAUUAUAAGAGCAUGGAUAUACAAAUAUUAAAAGAGAAGUAAGACAGAAUAAAAAAUAAGAUGCACAAGAUUUAUGAAUCAAAGAUUGCAAGAUUUACAAGAUUUCUAGGUUCGCGCCGAUAAGAUGGUAGUACAAGAAUACAGUCACGAAUAUACACUCACAUUGACCAGUUAAGAAGUGAUGGUAGUCUGGCACAGGGAGUCUGCGAUAGAAAGGUGUGGUAAUCAGAGCUAAACAGAACUUAAGCAGAGAUUAAUGACAGUCCAGCAGGAGGAGAUCAUCUCUUCCCUGGUGGAGGACUUUGUCAAAUGGUACAAGCUGAAUCAUCUGCAGCUCAAUAUCAGUAAGACAAUGGAGAUGGUGAUGGACUUUAGGAAGACCAAGCCUGCACUGCUCCCUGUUACUCUUGACAGUGAAGAAGUCAUUCAAGACCUUUGGUCGGCCAUUCUUGGAUACUGGGACCACGCAUGAUGUUUUCCAGACUGAGACUCAGAAUGAAUACGCGCUGGAGAACUCCACGCAGCUGCUGAGCACACUCCUUCAAGACCCUGGGCUUCACACCAUCUGGUUCCAACGCUUUGCCGUGUCUGAGUUUCCCCAGAGCCCUUCUCACCUGCGCAGUGGUAAAGGUUAGCGUUACUGAAGAGAUCAGUUAUAAUUGUAGUUCUGAGUCAGAGCCAGCUGACAGGAAAUGCUGCAUUUCCUUCAUACUUGAAGGUUUAUCAUUACUUUUAACGAACAAUUUUGUGAAUGUAGGUCAACGAUUUGGCUGGACACCAAAGGAACAACAAUUUCCUUGUGUGCAACAAAGUUCACUGAAAACUGUGUGGCACAAUGAACAUAACCAAAGCGCCAUUGAGCUACGGCACUGAAUAUGAUUACGACUAUGAUACAUAUUCUCCAUGCCGCAUGGAAUCUGUAAAGCAUUCCAGUGAACGCUUCUUGCCAGUGCUUUACUUACUUGUGAUCUUGUUUGGACUCCCAGGAAAUAUGCUGGUGUUAUGGGUUCUCCUAAAAUACAGACGGCUGAGGAACAUGACAGAUAUCUGCCUUCUCAAUUUGGCGGUAUCUGACUUGAUUUUUGUAGUAUCGCUUCCUUUCUGGGCAUAUUUUACUGCCAAUCAAUGGAUUUUUGGAGAUGCCUUAUGUAAAAUCAUUGAUGUCUUGUACAUGCUUGGUUAUUAUGGUGGUAUUAUGUUCAUAAGCCUGAUAAGUAUAGACCGUUACUUUGCGAUUGUUCAUGCUGUGUCUCCUUUCAUGAGGAGAACUACUUUACAUGGUCUUAUUUCAAGCAUAGCCAUGUGGAUUAUAGCUCUUCUAGCUUCACUUCCCAAUUUGUUACAUACAAAAACAGUCGUAUCGGAAGGAAGAACCAUUUGCCAUUCCUUUUUUCCAGAUGGAAUCACACCAAAAUGGGCAAUUUGUAUGAUUUUCAAAAACAAUGUAUUGGGUUUUUUGAUUCCAUUAUCUGUAAUGCUUUUCUGCUAUAUAAAUAUAGUUAUAUGCCUGAUUAAGAACAAAACUAAUAAGCAUAAGGCUAUAAAAGUUAUAUUUGUUGUGGUAAUUACAUUUUUAAUAUUCUGGACACCACAUAAUAUUGUUUUGUUCCUGGUGUCCUUGAAACAUCUGAAUAUUUUAUCUGGCUGUGGUACAGACAUCAAGCUCACUACUGCACAGCAGAUAACUGAAUCCAUCACAUUUGUACACUGCUGUUUAAACCCAAUUAUCUAUGCAUUUUUGGGUCAGAAGUUCAAGUCAGAUCUUCGCAGAUUCUUUCGUUGGCCUUCAAUAUGCAGGUAUAAGGCACAUUGGCAAGAUCAGUUUACUUCUCGUGAAUUUAAUAUUUCAGUGCGAACACAAUCCAGCAGUGACAAUCAUUUUUCCAGAUUAAUGUAAUUCAGCAUUCAUAUAGAGGCAUGAGAGACUGCAGGAACUGGAAUCUGGAGCAAAAAUAGAUCUGACUACUGGAGUGGGCCAGGCAUCGUCUGAAGAGGGAAAUGAACUAUCAACAUUUCUGGUCAAUACGCUUUAUCAACUUUCUUAGGUUAUUUUACAGUUGAUUUAUAUACUGUAUGCUGUUCUUUAACAUGUGCAAAGUGUAAGGCAUUUGUAAGCUAUGCCUAAAUAUAAAGCCAUAUGCAU